AGGGCAUUUUGAUUUUCCUCGCGACGAUGAUGCACGCUGUCCCUGGCGCUGCCGCCUCGAGUGGCGAUCUCGUCCUGCGAUCGAACUGUGAGAGAUGUGGAGCUCCCGGCGCUUCCAAUGAGCUCUUCGCGGCGUCGUGCCGGCAUAUGACCCUAUGUAUGGCUUGCGGGAAAUCCAUGGCCGAGGCGAAAGCGUCGUGCGGCCUGUGCGGUGCUACCGUCAUUACACUGAUCAAGGAGUACAAGGUGAAGCGAGCGCCCAACCCAAAGCAGUGCUUUCUAGGGCGAUUUUCCCAGGGCUUGCCACUCUUCUCGACGAAGAAUAACCUCCACUGGACCAUGAGGAAGGAUAUUCCCAGGCCGACUGACCCAGCCAGAGAGAAGUUUAAGAUCACUGCUGAGAAGCUCAAGUCCAAGCCAUGGAUUUUGGAGGACGACACUGGUGCGUACCAAUUCCAGGGCCAGCUUGAAGGCGGCCAACAAGCGACCUACUACAUUCUCAUGAAGAGUGGGAGGGACUUUCAUGCGUUCCCAGCGGGUUCAUGGUUUAAUUUUCACAAACUCGUCCAGUACAAACAACUUACGCUCGAGGAAGCCGAGGAGCAGAUGAAGAACCGUCGCAAGACCGCGGACGGAUAUCAGAGGUGGAUCAUGAAGGCGGCAAAUGGCGCGGCGGCGUUUGGCGAAGUUGAAAAGACUGGAAGGCAGCGGAAGGAAGAUGAUGACGAUAAGAAGAAAGGAGCUAAAGUUGCCGAGGACGAUGAUCUCGCCAAGCCCGAAGAUUUUGAUCCGGAAGACGAAGUUGACAGAGGUGACGACUGGGAGCACGAAGAAACUUUCACGGAUGAUGACGAAGCCGUUGGUAAUGACCCCGAGGAGAGAGAUGAGCAACCAGAUGUUCCUGCUCCACCGGAAAUCAAACAGGAAGAGGAUGAGAUAGAAGCUGAGGAAGGAGGACAGCCUCAACAGGGUGAAAACGCCCUGAGUCAGUCUGGACGUGACAUGAAGAAGCUGCUUGGGAAGUCGGGGGGCCUUGAAGAAUCGGAGGACGACGACGAUGAGGAGGACGAGGAUAUGGAUCUGGACAACGAGAACAUCAGCUCUCCAGUCCUGGCUCCGAAGCACAAGGACGAAGCGGGCGACGCUACUCCAACGAAGUCUGCUAACGCGCGUCCUCCUGGAGGCCCUUCUGCUGCUUCAAAGAACAAGCGAAAGGUGGAUGAAGGAAAGACUGCCGCAGCAUCCAAAAAGUCCAAGACAGAGCCGAAGAAGGAGGUGCCAGCAGUAAAGAAGGAAAGCCCCUCUACAGUAAAGAAAGACGCUCCCAAGAAGGAAGCAGCAAAACCAGCCGCGGGAGCUUCUACUUCGUCCGCUAGCUCAGCUCUCGAGGAAGAAGUGAAAGCAGUGCUCAAGGACUCGGGUCCGAUGAAGAGCCAGGAUCUCGUGGCCAGGUUCCGGAGUAGGCUAAAGAACAAAGAGGAGAAGAACGCCUUCGCCAUGGUGCUCAAAAAGAUAUCUCGCAUCCAGAAAAGAGAUGGAGCAAGCUAUAUCGUGCUCAACAAGGAGGAGCGCUAAAAGUUUUGGCUUGCUCGCUCGCUCACUCACUCGCGGAGUAAAACUCUGUCCGUAACCGCCAUUGACAAUGUACGGCAGAGCUAUUGUAAAGUUCCGUUUGUAACUAUUUUAACAAGAUAAAAGAUAAUUUACCUUGCCGGGAGAGAGGGAAGGGCAUGGCAUUGGGACGAUCGAUCGAGCUUUCGCUCCAGAGAUUUCACCAUCGACCGCAUUCUUGCUCCUCCAUGGCGCCCAGCACUGCUGCAUUGUCCCAUGGUCUGGUGGCAUUCAGGAGGCCUCGGCUAAGUUCCAGCAGCACUAGUUCGUCCAGGAGCACGAAUUUGAGGAGCAGUGGCUUCCAAUGUCAAGAAAUCUUGCAAAGUACCCGGCGUGUCGGAGCGAUUGCCGACGGGGGUGUCGCGAUAGGGGCGGAGGAGGCGAAUGGAUUGGUAGAGCAGCUCCUCUCCAUGGUGCAAAGCUCGGAUCGAGGAGCAGCAUUGCGUAGUGAGCAUCACCAGAGCGUUGCGGAGAUUGUCCGCAAGCUCGAAGGAUUAAACAUUCCUCCAGAGCCUUUACAAAGUCCCUUGAUCUUGGGAGACUGGGAUGUGGAGUACUGCUCCAAUCCAACAGCCCCUGGAGGCUACUACCGCAGCGCGCUGGGAAGAUUUUUCCUCGCAACCGAAGCAAUGAUCCAGACUGUGAAAGCUCCCGACUUUGUGGGCAAUUCAGUCUCGUUCUCUCUGCUUGGAAUCCUCAAAGGCCAAGUCUCUCUCAAAGGCAAGCUGCUAGCUCUGGACGAGAAAUGGAUCGAGAUAACGUUUGAUCCUCCAUUUCUAAAGCUUGGUCCGAUCGAAGCGCAGUAUGGCAAGAGCAGCAAAGUUAAGAUCGCUGUUCUUUACGUGGACGAGAAAAUCAGGCUGGGAAGAGGCUCCAGAGGGGCAGUCUUCGUGUUUAAACGAAGAUAGUAAAAUCAAAUCUCCACCGCA